GACAAAUGUAUCGAUACAACCAUGUGUUUAACAAUCGAUUCUAGUUUCGGUGUUCAUUGAUGAAAUUGAGGUUAGAGGAUUCCUGUUUAAAAAAACAACACAUGUGUUAAAAUACCUUAAAUGUAAUUAUAAAGUGCAUCGAAUAAUCUAGGGUGUGACGGAUAGUACUUCUGCAAGUGUAAUUUGGGUAGCAAUGGAGUCGCUGGCGACGAGGGAGCCCCGAGACCUGGACCGCCACUUCCUGGAGCACAGCUUCGCGGAGGGAGCGCUCCCCACGCAGAGCGACGUGGGGCUGUUCAAGGCGCUCGCAGAGCGGCAGGCGACGCUGGGGGGUUUCCCCAGCCUGCUGCGCUGGUUCCGCCACAUGUCCACGUACGAGCCGGACGAGCUGCUGGCCAUGCCGUCCCCGGCGCUCAGUCGAGGGGACGGUGGAGCCGGCUCCUGGGAGGCGAGGCGGGACGUGAUCUGCCGCCACCUGCAGGAGGUCCUGGGAGAGGACCGGCUGGCCGAGCUGCUCCAGGCGGGCCGGAGGCUGCGAGUGUACUGGGGCACUUCCACCACCGGCCGCAUACACGUGGGCUACUUUGUGCCCAUCGCCAAGAUAGCCGACUUCCUGGCCGCCGGCUGCGAGGUGACGAUCCUGCUGGCGGACCUGCACGCCUACCUGGACAACAUGAAGGCCCCCUGGGAGAUGCUGGACCUGCGCACACAGUACUACGAGCAGAUCGUCAAGGCCACCCUCCAGGGCCUGGGCGUCGACGUGGCCCAGCUGCAGUUCGUGCGCGGCACCGAGUACCAGCUCUCCAGGAAGUACACCAUGGACGUGUACCGCCUGAGCUCGCUCAUCACGGAGCACGACGCCAAGAAGGCGGGGGCGGAGGUCGUCAAGCAGGUGGACCACCCCCUGCUGUCGGGGCUGCUGUACCCAGGCCUGCAGGCGCUUGACGAGGAGCACCUACACGUGGACGCCCAGUUCGGGGGCGCGGACCAGAGGAAGAUCUUCACCUUCGCCGAGAAGUACCUGCCGCAGCUCGGCUACGCCAAGCGGAUACACCUCAUGAACCCUCUAGUGCCCGGGCUGUCGGGCGGCAAGAUGUCCUCGUCCGAGGAGGACAGCAAGAUCGACCUGCUCGACCCGCCGCACGUGGUCAAGAACAAGAUCAAGAAGUCGUUCUGCGAGCCGGGCAACGUGGAGGACAACGGCAUGCUGUCCAUCCUGAAGUACAUCCUCCUGCCGCUGGCCGCCGCGCAGGAGAGCGGCAUCUCCGUGGCCCGGGGCAGCCCGGCUGAGGCCCACGAGUACCGCGACAGGGACGAGCUGGAGCGGGACUUCAAGGCCGGCCUGAUCCACCCGGGGGACCUGAAGGCAGCCGUGGAGGGCCGUGUCAACGCCCUGCUGGCGCCCAUCCGGGCUGCAUUCUCCUCGCGCCGGCUGCAGCGCCUCGUGGCGAGGGCCUACCCCGGCUCCUACAAGGUCCCGGCCAGCAUCGUCUGCCCCUGGAAGGUGCACUUCCAAGUCGGGGUCAUCGCGGAGGCGACGCUGCUGCCGGCCCCCGCCAACCAGGUGGUCCUCAAGAUCUCCUUGGGCGAGGCGUCCCUGCGCACGGACGUGGUGUCCCUGGACUCGUACACGCCGGUGGACUCCAUGCGGGACCGGGCGGUCGUGGUCGUCAGCAACGUCGCCCCCACCAAGAACCGGGGCCUGGUCGUUGACUGCCACGUCCUGUUCGCCUUCUACAAGAACACCAAGCAGUUGGAGAUGGUGCAGCCGUUGAACCAGGUGCCGGCCGGCGCGCCUGUUCACGUGAGCGGGCACACGGGCCCUCACGACGCCGUGCUCAAGGCCUCCGACAAGCUGUGGGAGAAGGUGCAGGCGGAUCUGACCACCAACUUCUUCGGGGAGGUGGAGUGGCGGGGCUGUGCCCUGCAGGUGGACCAACACAACCCCGUGCUGUGCCGUCACCUCUCCGAGGGCCUCGUCAAGUAGCCCCGUGCCCGCUGCGAGCCUGCGACAAUAAACCCUCUGAACCACGCA